UACAGCCGCACCAGAUCCGAUGAGUCAACGGCAAGAUUGCUCGCCGAACCGAAUGCAAGCUUUCAGUUCACACGGUCAUUGGCGACAAACAAACCCAGAAGGCUUGCCCAAUUGGGCACGCCGUGCCUGUGCGGUUCGAUGAUCUCCAUUUCGAUUGCUCACCUGUCGAUCCUACGCCGAGUGCAUCACGGGCGCAUAUAGCAAGAUACACCCCGGCUUCAAAAAGGCCAUCUCCAGUCUCUUUCCACCACGUGGACAGACACGGCCUCGUAGGCGCAAUCAAAUACCAUGGGAUCCCACGGCUUCUUUCAGUACUGGAGGCUCAAGUUCAUCGUGACAUUCAUACGCUUCCUCAGCAGCCGCGCCUCGCGCAAACACCUCACACCCUCACCAUCAUGCCACCGGCGCGCGAUCCGCAUCCCGUCGCGGGACCUCCACCGCUUCAUCGACGCGUGGAUCUACUACCCUCCCCGCCACGACCCUAAUGCCCCCGCGCCUGUCGUGGUCAACUGGCACGGCAGCGGCUUUAUUAUAGACAAUCUCGGCAUGGACCAUGCCUUCUGCGAGCGGAUCGCGCGAGAGGGUCGCGUGGUCGUCUUGGACGCUGACUACCGCAAGGCGCCUGAGUAUCCGUUCCCCCUCCCCAUGGAGGAUGCUGAGGACGUACUACGCUGGGUCGCGGACCAGUCUCGUCAAUUCGACGUGAACCGUGUGGCCUUGUCGGGGUUCAGCGCGGGCGCCACCAUGUGUCUGGGCGCCGUGUCCCAGAUACGGCCCCGAUUCCCGUCGCUGAACAUCCGCGCCGUCUACGCCUUUUACCCCGGCACGGACUGGACCAUCCCCGCCGAGGACAAGAAAGUCGACCGGCCCAUUGCGCCGCUGCCGGUGCGUGGGCUGCAGCUAUUCAGCGACGCGUACGUGCCGCGACAGGAGGAUCGCGAGGAUCCGCUGGCGUCGCCGCUGCGUGCCGAUGCGAGUACGUUCCUGUCGACGAAGAUUGUGCUGUUUCCCGCGUCGGGCGAUGUCUUUUACCACGAGACUGUGGCUUUGGAGAAGAAGUUGAGGGAGGGGGGUUGUGAUGUCGAGCUUGACGUGGCGGAGGAUGCUGCGCAUGGCUUUGACAAGCCACUCAAGCCCGAAUUCUUCAACAAGAAGGAAAGGGAUAGACUGUAUGGACGGGUGGUGGAGAGUCUGCGAGGCAUCAUGUAGGAUGAAAAUGUCUUGGCUCUGGAAGUGCCAACCUCAAAAGCAUCAAUCAACCUGGUGCUUCCAUACACUACUCUGUCUGACUGCCCGCUGAACUACGAUUGCGCUUUGCUUGUCCUGUGGCUUCAGGAGACAAGACCUAUUUCGUGCAACAAAAGCGAGUCGCACCGAUGACCUGAGCGAGACCCGCGUGCGUUUGCCGUCAGCUGCAUGUCCUCAGUUGGCGAAUCCCAUAACUCUAGCCGCAGACCCAUGAGCAUCUGGGUCUAGACUUAUCCCAGCUUUCAGCUCGCCACGUGCAGAAGACUAGUAACGGGUUUUUGAAGGCCUGAAGGUCUGGACGUCGAUAUUUGGGGGAUCUGCAGGGGUAUAAUCGAUAGUCAGGACUCAGCGUUGUGAUCGUGACCAGCCUGACAGGGGCCACAUGAGGCUCGAGUCCUGUGCUCAAUUGGCGGAGGAAACC